AUUUUAGAAGAUUGUGAAACAUAUAUUUUUUCGAAUAAGAAAAAACUUCAUAAAAAUCUCUCCUUUUUCUUUGUUCGUCAACGAAAGGAUUCUCCUCCAUCUCGAUUAGGAUCAGAUCAGCACAGCACUGUCACUUCUUAGUUCGCUGAGCUCUCUGUCUGAUGACCCAAAUCCUCCCGUGAAGCAGGCUCACCUCAAUCCUCAACAAUGGCGAGAGCCCUUUUCCUCAGACGUUCCCAGCUCCAUGCCCACCUCAAGGUCCUGUCCUCUACAGCCAAUCCCAUUAGACCCGAUCCGGCCCGCCAGUUCUGCUCCUCCGAGCCCAGUGCGCCGCCGCUGCCGCCUCAUCCUCCUCCUCCUCCUCCGGAGUUCCGCAAGUACUUGGGGUACACGGCCCUUGUUCUCUUCUGCGGGGCUGCCACCUACUACUCCUUUCCCUUCCCGGAGAAUGCCAAGCACAAGAAAGCCCAAAUCUUUCGAUACGCCCCCUUGCCCGAGGACCUCCAUACCGUCUCGAACUGGAGCGGCACCCACGAGGUCCAGACCCGGGUCUUCCACCAGCCCGAGACCUUGGAGGAGCUGGAGAAGAUCGUCAAGGAAGCUCACGAGAGCAAGUCCCGGAUCCGUCCCGUCGGCUCGGGGCUGUCCCCGAACGGUAUUGGACUCUCGAGGAUUGGGAUGGUAAACUUGGCCCUCAUGGACCGCGUCCUGGAGGUGGAUAAGGAGAAGAAGACGGUCAGGGUCGAAGCGGGGAUUCGUGUCCAGCAGCUCGUGGAUGCGAUCAAGGAUUAUGGGCUCACUCUGCAGAAUUUCGCUUCCAUCAGGGAGCAGCAGAUUGGUGGCAUUGUUCAGGUUGGUGCACAUGGUACUGGUGCCAGAUUGCCUCCGAUCGAUGAGCAGGUCAUCAGCAUGAAAUUAGUCACCCCUGCAAAGGGCACAAUAGAGCUUUCAAAAGAGAAGGACCCGGAGCUCUUUUACCUUGCUCGAUGUGGUAUUGGGGGCCUUGGAGUGGUUGCAGAAGUGACCCUUCAGUGUGUGGAUACACAAGAGCUCGUGGAGCAUACCUCGGUUUCAACAUUGAAAGAGAUCAAGAAAAAUCAUAAGAAAUUGUUGUCUGAGAAUAAGCACGUGAAGUACCUCUACAUUCCGUAUACUGACACUGUCGUGGUUGUGAAGUGUAAUCCCGUCUCGAAAUGGAAAGGGCCACCCAAGUUUAAACCAAAGUACACUGCAGAUGAAGCUCUGCAACAUGUUCGAGACCUCUAUGAGGAGUCUCUCAAGAAGUAUCAACCGGAACAAGCAGCAUCUAAAUCUCCAGAUGAACCAGACAUAAAAGAGUUCUCGUUCACAGAGCUGAGAGACAAACUGCUUGCUCUCGAUCCUCUCAAUAAAGAGCAUGUCAGAAAAGUCAAUCAAGCUGAGGCCGAGUUCUGGAAGAAAUCAGAGGGAUACAGAGUGGGCUGGAGUGAUGAAAUUCUGGGCUUCGAUUGUGGUGGGCAGCAAUGGGUGUCAGAGACGUGUUUCCCUGCAGGAACUCUUGCAAAGCCGAGCAUGAAGGACCUCGAAUACAUAGAAGAUCUGAAGAAGCUCAUAGAAAAGGAGAAUAUUCCUGCACCUGCCCCAAUUGAGCAGCGGUGGACCACUCGGAGCAGGAGCCCCAUGAGUCCUGCGUCAAGUCCAAAUGAGGAUGAUAUAUACUCUUGGGUUGGUAUAAUUAUGUACCUCCCGACUACUGACCCUCGCCAGAGGAAGGAAAUAACAGAAGACUUCUUUCACUACAGGCAUUUGACUAUGUCACGGCUGUGGGAUCGUUAUUCUGCAUUUGAGCACUGGGCUAAGAUUGAGGUCCCAAAGGACAAAGAAGAGCUCGUAGCUUUGCAAGAGCGACUAAGGAAGCGUUUCCCAGUGGAUGCGUAUAACAAAGCGCGGAAUGAACUGGAUCCCAACAAGAUCCUCUCAAAUAACAAGCUCAAGAAGCUGUUUCCAUCAUCGAGUUCUGUCUGAAGAAGGGCCUUACUUUGGUUAGUCAUUGAUUCGUGCUUUUUUAAUGUCCAUUUUCAUUCUUCUUAGUCUUUGAUGCUUUACCUCAUAAAUAAGUUGGUGGAUUGUAAAUUAAGGGUUACUCUUCCAUGAUAUUUAAUUGCAGAGAUGUAGUUUGGUCAUUUAGAGAAUGGAAAACGGUGGUCGUGCGGUAUUUAAGAAUAAAA